AUGGAGAGCUCCAAUGGCUCCGGCAGCGACACCAAACCGCAGAACCACCAGUUGGAGAAGAAGCGGCUGAACCGAGCGCCUUCCCCGGCCAGACCCUUCCUGAAGGAUGCGCACUCCCGCUCCGCCAGGCCACCUGCCAUCGUGCCCAAAUCCCCCAAACUCCACAAGCAGCACCCCGCCUCGGUGCCCUCAGCCCACCCGAACCGCAGCUCCAGACGCGGCAGCACCGGGGCCAAAGACAAACCAGCCACCGCUAAAAGUAACACCAAGUCUGCUGCGGCCAAGAAGCCCACGAAGGUGCCCCAGCAUGCGGCCGCAGCCGAGCCUAAAGCCGCCGGCAUCAAACCGGACAGCACCGGCAGUCCGACUCUCCUGAAAGACAAGAGGGGGAAGCUAGGCUCGGGGUCUCCGGGCCCUCACGUCCAUGGAUCCCCGAUCCGAGUACCGACCGGGUCGCCUCUCGUCCGGGUCACCCAGACCGACAGCAGUUCGGACCUGUCGGACUGCCCGUCCGAGCCGCUGUCGGACGAGCAGAGGCUGGCACCGGCCGCCGGCAGCGACGCCGAGUCCGGUACCGGCUCCAGUGACCGGGAUCAGCAGGGGGCGGAUAAUCCUCCGCGGGCAGAAGCGACCGGAGCUGCGGCUGCUGCUGCUGCUGCCGCUCAUCCGCAACGCACAACCGAGGCUCCCGCCGCCAAGGGAAGCAUGGCUCAGCCUCAGCCCGCAGAGAAACACAAGAAGCCCGCAACAAGCGCACAACUCACAGUACCAGGCACCCGGGAUGCAGCCGAGGAGGAGCUGCAGCGGGAGAUGGAGGAUUUGAGAUCUGAAAACGACUACCUCAAGGAUGAAGUGGAUGAGUUGCGGGCGGAGAUGGAGGAGAUCCGAGACAGCUACCUGGAGGAGGAGGUCUACCAGCUGCAGGAGCUGCGGAGGGAACUGGACCGCUCCAACAAGAACUGCCGCAUCCUGCAGUACCGCCUGCGGAAGGCCGAGCAGAAGAGUCUCCGGGUCGCACAGACCGGCCACGUGGACGGGGAUCUGCUACGGAGUCUGGAGCAGGACCUGAAGGUGGCCAAAGACGUGUCGGUGCGCCUGCACAACGAGCUGGAGAGCGUGGAGGACAAGCGCAGCCGAGCUGAGGACGAGAACGAGCUGCUCCGACAGAAUAUCAUCGAGGUGGAGAUCUCCAAACAGGCGGUGCACAAUGAGCUGGAGAGGACCCGAGAGACCGCUCUGAGGAGACGAGGAAGCAGGGAAUCAUUCAAAGACAAGAAAUCCUCAACUCAGGAGGACAGUGCAGACCUCAGGUGCCAGCUCCAGUUUUCCAAGGAGGAGUCCAGCCUGAUGAGGAAAAAGAUGGCGAAGCUGGGCCGGGAGAAGGAUGAACUGGAGCAGGAGCUGCAGAAGUACAAGGCGGUUUACGGGGACGUGGACAGUCCCCUUCCUCUGGCUGAGUGCUCGGGCGGAGGCCCUCACACCACUCGGGAGGCCGAGCUGCGGUUACGGCUCAAGCUGGUGGAGGAGGAGGCCAACAUCCUGGGCAGGAAGAUUGUGGAGCUGGAGGUGGAGAACCGCAGCCUGAGGUCAGAAAACGACGACAUCCGGUGUCAGUACGAACGGGACUUCUUCGGGCGGGAGCCGUUCUCCAGCAUGCCCUCAUCGCCGUACGGUGGCGACGCGCUGGACUCGGCCAGUGAGCUACGUCGCCACCUUCAGUUCGUGGAGGAGGAGGCCGAGCUUCUGCGCCGCUCCAUCUCAGAGAUUGAGGACCACAACAGGCAGCUCACGACUGAACUCAACCGCUUCAAAUUCGGCCCCAGCAGCGGCUCUGGGCCCGUAGCUGAGGAGGGUGGCGAAGGAAUUCUGUUUAAACCCGGGAAUGGCGGGAACGGGAAUGGUUCCGGUAGCGGGUUGAUGAUGGAGGAGCUGAAGUCGGCCAGGAUGCAGAUCAAUGAGCUGAGUGGAAAGGUCAUGAAGCUGCAGUACGAGAACCGUGUCCUCAUGUCCAACGUCCAGCGCUGUGACCUGGCCGCUCACAUCGGCCUACGCACCGGCAGCCCUCGGGACAGCGAUGCAGAGAGCGAUGCCGGGCGGCGGGAAGCCACCGAGGACGAGGAGACAGGGAGGCUCCUUCUCCUCCAUCCCAAACGAGAGGGCCCAAUCGGGGGUGAGAGUGACUCUGAAGACAUGUUCGAGAGGACAACGACCACCUCGGGGUUCGGGAGCAUCAAACCCUCCGAGGGCAGCGAGCUCAGUGCCACCGAUCUGGCCAACCGCAGGAGGGAGGAGCGGGAGUCAUUCGGCAACGUGAAGCGAGAGGCGGACCGGCUCGGCAAGACGGUGGACCGGCUCAUCACGGACACGGACAGCUUGAUCUUCGAGGGCCGGCUGCUGGUGACGACAGGAGAGAGCCCGGAGGGAGGGGCGGCGUCCGGGUCCAAACCGGACACGCAGGUCCUGGACAGCAUCAACACGCGCAUGAAGGCGUUCCGCACCGAGCUGCACAUCUUCAUGGAGAAGUUGGACCACGUCGGGGAGGGCCUGAGGGACAGGACAGACGACCUGUCCCCGAUGCCAAACCUCACAGAGUCCAGCAGCUUCCUGUCCUCAGUCACCUCCAUGUCCCGGGACUCUCCCAUCGGCACCUUCGGAAGAGACCUGGUGACAGACUUCCAGUCCGUUCAGAGGGAUGAGCUGGAGUGGCGUCUAGGACAGGAGCGAGGCGUGGAGCCCCAGAGCCAGGGCCAGGGCGGGGGCCAGGCCCAGUGCCGGGGAGCCCCGGGACUCACUAGGUACCACAGGCCCCUGGCUUUAAGAGCAGAGCUCCGGGACACGCCGGCUGCUGACGUCCAGUUUCGUCUCGAUCAUGAACGAAGGCUGAGGGCGACGCCGGAGGAGCAGGAGGUCACCGUCUCUCUGCCUCAGGAGGACGAGCUCCUGCGUCUGGAGGCGCAGCGCGGCGGCCUGGAGCUGCUCGGGCUGCACACUCACGAGGGGCCCUGGGCUCAGGACAGGGCCCUGCUGCAGCAGGAGGUCCGCCUGUUCAGACGCAACACCAUCAUCUUCUACAUGAAGCUCCGGAGGAUCCUCACGCACUGGAGGCUGAGCCGCAAAGACGACUCGGGGGAGGAGACGCCGCACCCGGAGUUUGAGAAGUUGGAGGGCAUCCCAGAGCUGGGACUGAUCCUGGAGCAGGCCGAGUCGGACGGAGACGACAGACUGUGUUUACCACAAACUCCAGGGGACGUCCCGGACCCCGGCAUGCCUCUGCCGUCCCCUGACCAACACCUGCAGCACCAGAGACAGGACCUGCCUCGUUCUCCCGUGGCUCCGCCCCUGGACUCCUGCUUCCUCAGACCGGCCCGCCCGGCCAACCGCAGACCCCCGUCACGCUGGGCCGCCCGCUCCCCCUCCUCCUCCCCCAAGGGGAGAGAGGGCUGCAAGAGGAGGUUCACCUUCCCGCCGCCGGGUCACCGGAAGACCAUCCUGGAGGGCGAGGAGCUGGCGUGAGUCCGUCCUCUACCUCCUCUCGCCCUCCUCCACCUCAGCCUAGAAAGACCCAGUACCUCAGAAGCCCCACCCCUCCAGAUACAGAGACUCCCUCAGAGCCUGACUGGG